AUGCUGAGGGCUGUGGCAAAGAGGAUCUCACUGGCUGCCUUGAGAACAGCAAGGGGAGGGGUGGCAGAGCAGCGGGGAAGCUGGUGGCCAGGCAAUGACCAGCAAGGCAGUCAUGUUGGCAAUGACAUCGGGCAGGCCCACCGGGCAGUGGAGCAGCUGCGGAUGGACAGAAUGAAGGAGUCCAAGGCAGCUACUGACCUGCUCCAGUUCUGCACGGAGCAGGCCAAGAGCGACGCCUUCUUCAUGGGCAUCCCAGCUGCUACCAACCCCUUCAAGGAGAAGAAGCCUUUUGCCAUCCUAUGA